AUGACUCCAGAGCGUUUAUGGCCAGUGGUCCUUGUGGCUCUAUUCAUUAUGCCCAUCCAAUCUCUGAAUUGUGUUCUUCUGGAUAAUGCCACCUUGGAAAGUGUGAGACUUCUGAGAAGCAUCAUCCGCUCUCCCCUAAAAUGUCUAAAAGAAAUCAAGAAUUUUGAGUUUCCUAAAGAAAUCCUUCCAUAUAUCCAGCAUGUGGAAAGGGACAUGAAGGAGGCCUUCUAUAUUGUAUCUAUCCAAGCACUGAGUAUUUUCUUCAGUCAGAAUAGCCACGUCUCCCCUGUGAUAGCGGAGCGCCUACAACACAUCAGAAUGGGACUUUAUGAGCAAAUGCAUCAAGCACAAGACUGCUUUAUGGACGAGGAGGAGGAAAACAAGGAGGGAGACCAUAAGCCAAAACACCCCCGACCAAAGUUCCUCCAGAAGGUCUACCUGGAGUUGAGCAAGUAUUUCAUCAGAAUCAAUAAGUUCCUGGGGGAUAAGAAAUACAGUGUCUGUGCCUGGAAGAUUGUCGCAGCAGAAAUAAGAAGAUGUUUCAUAAUAUUUUACAACUUCAAAAAACUACUCAAAAUACAAUCAGGCCACUACCUUUAUAAACGUUUAGAGAGUGUGCUGCUGUGCACUCCAGAAAUUAGCUGGUUUUCUUUUCAGGGACCCACCGGCAAGAUCUAG